CAAAACCACCACGUUUUUGUUGAAGGAUGUGAUAAAGCCACCUCGCCAACAAGAGGACCCUGAUAAUUUAUCCCGGCUACAGCGCCUUGAGGCGAAAAUAUCUCUUCUUCUCAUUUAUUAAAAGCGGUUCCGUCGAUAUCUGUUAUCUCACGUUAUCUCACUCUUCUCCCUUCCUACGCAUCAUAUCCCUGUCAUCACGAAUAUCGACCUACCUACCUAUCCACCAUGACCUCCAACACCACCACAUUCACCCUCAACAACGGUGUCAAGAUCCCAGGAUUGGGAUUUGGCACCUUUGCUAAUGAGGGCGCCAAGGGUGAGACCUACAAGGCCGUCACCUGCGCUCUCAAGGCCGGAUACAGGCACCUUGACUGCGCCUGGUUCUACCUCAACGAGGCAGAGGUCGGUCAGGCUGUGAGGGAUUUCCUCAGUGAGAACCCCUCUGUCAAGCGAGAGGAUCUCUUCAUCACAACCAAGGUCUGGAACCACCUCCACGAGCCCGAGGAUGUCAAGUGGUCGAUGCAAAACUCGCUGUCCAACUUCGGCCUCGACUACGUCGACCUGUUCCUCGUUCACUGGCCCAUUGCCGCUGAGAAGGACGCCGACAACAAGCCGAAGAUUGGUCCUGAUGGCAAGUACGUCAUCAAGAAGGACCUCACAGAAAACCCUGAGCCUACAUGGCGUGCCAUGGAGGAGCUGCUGGCCAGCGGAAAGACUCGUGCUAUUGGCGUCUCCAACUGGACCAUCACCGGUCUGAAGAAGCUGCUGGGCUUUGCCAAGGUCAAGCCUGCUGUCAACCAGAUUGAGAUCCACCCCUUCCUCCCCAACACCGAACUUGUCAAGUUCUGCCAAGACAAUGGCAUCCUGCCCCAAGCCUACUCGCCUCUUGGCUCUCAGGACCAAGUCCCCACCACAGGUGAAAAGGUCCGAACCAACAAGACCCUCAACGAGGUCGCCGACCGCAGCGGACACACCCUCGCUCAGGUUCUUCUCGCCUGGGGUCUCCGCCGAGGUUACUCUGUGCUGCCCAAGAGCUCAACCCCCUCUCGCAUCGAGAGCAACUUCCAAGUUCCCACCCUCUCCGACGCCGACUUUGAGGCUGUCGAGGGCGUUGCCAAGGGCCGCCACACUCGCUUCGUCAACAUGAAGGAUACCUUUGGCUACAAUGUCUGGCCUGAGGAGAGCCUCGAGAAUGGCACUGCUGCUGCUUAAGUUUGAUUAUGAGUUAUGAAUACCCGUGGAUGCGUGGCAGGCCCGCGCGAGGAUCAACAUGUUAUGAAGGCGUUUGAAACUGGGAAAAGUGAUAGACUUAGCAUAGAGUGCUCGAAGCUGGCUGAAUGCGGCUCGAGUACAUGAGAUCAACAAGCAUGCUGCAACCCAAGAUGGUUGAUGGAUACUAU